UUAGCUUGUUGAUUGCCGGACCUCUCACAGCUGAGGAGUGUGACGAGACUCGAAAGAAUAGACUUGGAAGAGUUGACGGCUAGGCAAAGUUAUUGUGGCUUUCAUGCGUUUCCUCGUGUUUCCCAUCGCAGCAUGAAGAGAAAUAACUCAUCCAAGUGUUUUAAUGUCACUGAGAGACAGUGGGAGUCGUCAGGGCAAGACUCCAACACUGAGCUUCCCCAGGAGUCCUAUGUCAGAUGUGCGGUCAAGAGGCUCUUCUCGGGCACCCUCCAACUGCCCAGACUGUCCUGUAGACCCUCCAUGCUGGACAGAUCCAAGGAUGCUCUGUCUGAUUCCUGCAGCCACUCUCCUGGAACUCUUUGGAGUCUGACCAGUCGUCUCUCCAAAGCCUUCUUCGAUGUGGAGAAUGGCUUGUCAGUGGGGCGCAGUCCCCUGGACCCACAGACCAGCCCAGGCUCUGGUCUGGUCCUACAGGCCAACUUCCCCCACAGCCAGCGGCGGGAAUCCUUCCUCUACCGCUCGGACUCAGACUUUGACCUGUCCCCCAAAGGUCCUUCCAAGAACUCAUCCACUGCAACUGACCUACAUACAGAAGACAUGAUUGUCACACCGUUUGCACAGGUCCUGGCCAGCCUGAGGACGGUCCGGAGUAACUUUGCUGUCAUCACCGGCCAGCAAGAUCGGCCGGCCAGCAAGACUCGAUCCUCGGGCAGCAACCCACCAUCCAUGUGCAAGACCAGUCUCGCAGAGGAACCCCACCAGCAGCUGGCCAUCGAGACCCUGGACGAGUUGGACUGGUGCCUGGAACAACUGGAGACCCUGAAGACCCGUCACUCUGUCAGCGAGAUGGCCUCCAACAAGUUCAAGAGGAUGCUGAACCGGGAGCUCACCCAGCUGUCAGAAACCAGCCGCUCAGGGAACCAGGUCUCCGAGUUCAUCUCAAGUACUUUCCUAGAGAAGCCACAUGACAUGGACAUCAUGGCUCCCUCCUCCAAAGAGGAGAAGAAGAAGCGACCCAUGUCCCAGAUCAGCGGCGUGAAAAAGGCCACGCACAGUCCCAGCCUCGCACCCUCCACCAUCCCUCGCUUUGGGGUCAAUGCGAGUCAGGAAGGUCUCCUGGCCAAGGAAUUGGAUGACGUCAACAGAUGGGGGAUUGACAUCUUUAAGGUCUCGGAGUAUUCUGGAAAUCGUCCACUCACAGUCACCAUGUACACCAUUUUCCAGGAACGCGACCUUCUCAAGUCUUUCAAGAUUCCCACCGACACUUUCAUCACUUUCAUGAUGACUCUGGAGGAUCACUACCACGCAGACGUGGCGUACCACAACAACAUCCACGCCGCCGACGUGGCCCAGUCCACGCACGUGCUGCUGUCCACGCCCGCGCUGGAGGCCGUGUUCACCGAUCUGGAGAUCCUCGCCGCUCUCUUUGCGAGCGCCAUCCACGACGUGGACCACCCCGGAGUCUCCAAUCAGUUUCUGAUCAACACCAAUUCCGAGCUGGCGUUGAUGUACAACGACUCGUCCGUGUUGGAGAAUCACCACCUGGCAGUCGGCUUCAAGCUUCUGCAGGAGGACAACUGUGACAUCUUCCAGAACCUCAGCAAGAAACAGGGACAUUCGCUGCGCAAAAUGGUCAUCGACAUGGUGCUCGCCACGGAUAUGUCCAAGCACAUGAACCUGCUGGCGGACCUGAAAACCAUGGUGGAGACCAAGAAGGUCACCAGUUUAGGAGUUCUGCUCCUGGACAAUUACUCGGACCGCAUACAGGUCCUCCAGAACAUGGUGCACUGCGCCGACCUCAGCAACCCCACCAAGCCACUGGAGUUGUACCGCCAGUGGACGGACCGGAUCAUGGUGGAGUUUUUCACCCAAGGGGACAGGGAGCGAGACAAGGGCAUGGAGAUCAGCCCCAUGUGCGACAAACACAACGCCUCCAUUGAGAAGAGUCAGGUGGGUUUCAUCGAUUACAUCGUCCAUCCUCUGUGGGAGACGUGGGCCGACCUGGUCCACCCCGACGCCCAGGAGAUCCUGGACACGCUGGAGGACAACAGGGAGUGGUACCAGAGCAUGAUCCCCCGCAGUCCCUCACCCCACCCCGAAGGACCACAAGAAGGAGGCCUGACCGGCGAGGCGUCCGGCUUUUGCGUCGGCCCCGGCAACUUAUCUGACAAGUUCCAGUUUGAGCUGACCUUGGAGGAAGAAGGAGAGUCCGACACCGAGAGCUUGGCCGAGGAGGAGGAGGAGGAGGAGGAGGAGGAGGAGGAGGAGGGCUGCGACGGUUACGGGAUGUCCAGGACUGAUUCCGGCGGCGGAUUCGACGCCAUCCCUGCUCGCCCGCUCCCCGCGGCGAUCACUUGCGACGCAACAAGGACGUUUCCGGCACACUCCGAUAAAGACAUGUCAGCGCCAAGAGGGACCGACCCAGAAGCGCUGCCCGGGUGCCUCCUCAUCUAUGACUCCUCCCCUUUUGUCCCAGCUCCACGCCACUUUCCACCUGUGCUGCCACCCGGAGCAAGUUUGGAUGUGAAGGAGGAGCAUGCUUGCACUAAAGACCGAGUCCUUUUUUACAAAGCAGCUGAAGCGAGGGGUGAUGUGAGGAUGUCUUCCUCAGUUUGUGCUCACUCUUUGGGAGACUCCUCGCCAAGUUUGACAUUGCUAUCGAAUCUUCUCAACUUUUAUUCCCAGCCCAAAAGAGCGGGGCCCGGAAACGUAGCAGACCUUUUCCAGGCGACUGUUCCCAGGAAAGUGUCAGAAGAGAUAAAGUCUCGCAACAUUGUCCGCUUUCUAGAACCCCCCUCGACUCUUCAUAUUGCCAGAAAGGAGCCAAAGCAGACAGUCAGGGACUAG